UAAAAGAUAGUCAGCUGUUCUGAUGGUUAUAAACAUAUGACUGAGAUUGAAUUGAAUGAAAAUAAUGAAUAAUAGCUAAGUGUGUAGGUAGUUUGUGUGUCGGUGUUAGUGAUAAUUGUAAGUUGAACAAUUGGAGAUUAAUCUAAAGGUGAACAAAAUGGCGUCCUCAAACGGCAAAGACUCCAAACUGACAGCAUCAAUAGACAGUCUAAAGCUCUCAAGCAAGAACUCCGUAUGUUCAUCAAAACAUGCUUCAUCAGAGUCUGUACUGUCAAGAAGAGACAAGGAGAGUAUUCAGAUGCAGGAGUGUAAGAAGAAAUUGUUGAAUGAGCAGAUUAUAAUAAGGGAUGAGAAUGUUGUGCUCCGGUCGCCGGCGCAGAAGAAGAUUGUUAUGCCGCCUACUGUCAACCCCGAGGAACUGGCAGCAGCAACACCAACCCAGCGCAACUGGCGCGGGAUCCUCAUUGCUCUCCUCGUCAUAGCCGCUGUCCUCGGGCUGAUCGUCUUCAGUAUCGCACUGCUGACUCCUGCUGGUGAUGGUGGCAGGAUUCGUGGGAGAAGACCUGCGUUGCAAGAGCUGCUGCAAGAACAUUAUAAGCCAUUCAAUGGCACUUGGCUGUCAGAUGAGGAGUUGGUGUUCCGGGACCGGUGGGGCGGGCUUACCCUGUUCAAUGUCCGCAACUUCACAACGAGGCUGCUCAUGAACAACUCCACCUUUAGAGAACUAAACGCCGUGGACUUCAAAGUAUCAGCGGACUUGAAAUUCGUACUGCUAGUGUCGGACGUGCGGCCGGGGUGGCGACACGCCAGGCUCGCUAGAUACCACGUCUACGAUGUCAUCAACAGGAACAAGAUCCCUAUAUCUCCAGUGGAAGAUGACAGAACGGCACCUCUCCUGCAGUACGCAGAAUGGUCCCCCACUGGCUCCAGUCUGGUCUUCGUACACGAUAACGAUAUAUACUACAAGCCUCGAGUGCUCAAGACUCUGGUGUGCCGGAUCACUAAUAAUGGUGUCCCCGGGGUGAUCUUCAACGGCGUCCCAGACUUUCUGUACGAGACUCAAGUUCUACGCCUUGAGCGAGCGCUCUGGUUCAGUCCAGACGCUCAGACACUCCUGUACAUCAGCUAUAACUGUUCGCUGGUCCACCAGCAUCAGUAUCCUUGGUAUGGGCUGGAAGAGCAGGAACCACCAGCUUACCCGGCUAUCAAGACACUGAGGUAUCCUAAGGUGAACACAAACAAUCCAGUGGCCACAGUGUACGUGGUGAGUCUGAAGACGCCCAAGUUCCUCUUCCCGCACGCGAUACAGUUCAGCCCACAAAUUGACAAAGAGUGGUACGUACGUUGGACGUCAUGGACCUCGGAGCGGCAGCUGGCGGUGCUUCUGUUGAACCGCGCGCAAAACGUCUCCGUCAUCACGCUCUGCAGUGCUACCAACUACAACUGCCAGGACAUAAUUCGUGACGAAGCCGACGGCGCCCGCUGGUCAGGCCUCGGCGCCGAACCCGAACCGGACUGCGGCUGGUGCGGCGGUUCGGCCCUCCUCGGUGGCCGUACGGCUCUCUUCACCAGCGCGCCAGUGUCUGAUCGAGGAGGGGCUUGGCGACAUGCUGUGAAAGUCGGACCGGAUGGAAAGACUAGCGUCACGCAGGGGCCGUUUGAAGUGACACAAUUGAUGGGAUGGGACGAAGGAAGGAAGCUACUCUAUCUAAUGGGCACCGCACCAGAAAAAGCAGGCGAGCGACACUUAUACCGUGUGCGGAUAACCGACGACGGCACCUGGCCGGCACCGCACUGCCUGACUUGUCCUGACUCAGCCCCUUUACCGCCGGACGAACCACCACCACCCACUAGUGAGGAACCGCCGUCACAGGAGCCCGAAAACUCAACAUCGCCGCUACCAGCAUGGCCGACAUCGACAGUGCUGCCACACGUGGCCGAGGAGAACGACUCGCUGCCAACCGAGUGUCUGUACAACCGGGUCAUCUUCAGCAGGAACUUCUCGUACUAUGUACAGGAGUGCCUAGGUCCUGGGCCACCCACCAUCUUCCUCUGCGCCUCAAACGGAGAGCGUCGCGCGGUCUUGUGGGACGGAGCCCCGCUGCGGCAGAAAUUUGCCGCGUUGGCUGUACCACAGGCUAAAGUCUUUAGGGUUGAGGUUCAAGCGAAUAGAGAAGCCCGCGUGAGACUCUACCUGCCACCAGGGUUCAGAGAGACCGACGAUCUGCCGCUGCCACUUGUGCUGCACGUGUCAGCGGAACCAGGAGGGCAGCUGGUGACGGAGCAAUGGAAUCCCGGGUGGGGUUGGUACCUUGCAGCCGCGCGUAACUUCAUCGUGGCUGAGAUUGAUGCCAGAGGCUCUGGUGGACAGGGAGAGGAGCUUAGGACUGAGAUAUACCACAAGCUGUUGUCCGUUGACGUCGAAGAUCAAAUUGCAGUUUUAUCGUAUCUCCGCGACAACUUAAAGAUGGUGGAUGGCAGCCGAGUCGGUGUGUGGGGGAGAGGCUAUGGCGCCGGGGCGGCGGCGGCGCUGGUGGCCGACGACGCGAGGAACGUGACCAGGUGCCUUGCUGCUAUAGCGCCUGUCACCGACUUACGUCAUUACAAUUCAUUCUGGACGGAGCGUUACGCGGGUUACGGCGCACACUGGGCAGGGGCGCUGGGUGCCAGCGCAGUGUGGCGUAAAGCUGGCAACCUUCCUCCACGUAGACUACUAUUGGCCCAUGCUACAGCUGAUCUGGCUGCUCCACAGGACCACGCUUUAGCGCUCGCUAGAGCGUUGAUCAAGGCUGGAGCUGUUUAUACACACCAGAUCUACCCCGACGAAGGCCACAACUUCGAGCGCUCCACCAUCCACCUCCACAAGGCCAUGGAGCAGUUCUUCGACGAAUGCUUCGGACCAGUGGAGGUCGCCGACUGGGAUGUCGGAGGGGUGGGGGGGCUCUUCCCCUUCCGUGAAUAGUGUGAGGAGGGGGGGUUCUUUGCCUCUUGCUAGAGCUGAGCUUACUUUUAAGGGCCCACUGACGAUCAGUCUGCCGGACGCCCAAUCAAGUUAAUGGUGUCAGAUCGCCCUACAAGGAUGGGAUGCGAAUCGUUUACAGUCCGUGAGGUUUCGAAAGAGCCUUUGGGUUUUUGGUGAAAUUGGACUGCCUUGUCUUAUUCCCGAAUUAUCACUCUAAAAUCUGAAGACCUUUUUGAAAGCUCAAGCACUGUACAGCAUUCAGCAUUCUUCAGAGGAUGUCGAAAGAAAUCCAUGACGUCAAUAUGCCGGUAGACUAUGGCCUGUGUCACUUAGAAGUAAAAAGUGACAGAAGAACUGGCCGUUUUAGUCAGUGGGCACCUUUAUUUCCUAUGAAGCUCUCUCUUGUAGCUAGUCUUUAGAGGAUUCCCCUCUCUUGCCACUAGUAUGGUGCUGAACCCUCCCUCUUUUUGAACCUAUCAAGGACUGUACUAACACUUCGAGUAAUGUGGUGUCAAGUUCCCAACUAAAACAACUAGGUUGUAAUGGAAUUUUCCUGCUUUCGUAAGCGUGAUCUUUGACUUGACAAUUCUAAAAUUCUACAGCUGCAAAGAAUUAUCGAAAUACAUUCGGAGCAGAAGGAUAUUUCUCAACCGAUUUGGAAAUGUGAAAAAUAUAAUGUAACAGAGACAGACACAGUUUUAUGUAGGUAUAAACAUUGAAAACAAUACCUACAUGAAACAACGAACGUAUGAGAUGGAUAAUUAAGCAUUGUUGUAGGUAUAUUUUUGUAGUGGGACGAAAUGAAUGAAGAAAUUUUGAGAGCAUUUCGAAACCUUUUAGAAGUCGGUUAGCAAAA